AUGGCACCGGUUGCGGGCCAGCAAAUCUGCACAGGGCCGCCGAAGAGCGGCGCCCUGGGCGCUUUGACUCCGCGGCUGGUGCCGCGCCCGGGCGCGCCCAAGGCGGCCCGUUUGCGACACCACUCGGAGGUUCCUUCCAAGGAGGUCCCGGUGCUGGCGGCGCUGCCUAUUUGGUUGGGCACGUCCAGCCUGCCGCCGGUGCAGCUCCAGAGUAUCCAGGCGGUAGUGCCCGAAGAUUGGCACCACGAGGAUGCACUGUCCAUUGACGAGGCGGAGUCCGACGCCUCGUUCUGCAGCACCCACGAGCGCUUCGUGGAGGCGGCGGAGCACCUGGAGCAGGCCAUCAGCAUCCGGCAGCAGCUGCUCGGGGACGAGCACCAGGAGUUUCUCACGUCCAUCGAGCAUUAUGUGGUGUGCUGCAACAACUGGGCGCUGAGGAGUUUGGGAGGCGACUUCACGUCGGCUUUGGAGCUGUUGAAGAAGGCAGAGGCGAUGACGGAGGCCGACAACGUGCCCAACUACCCCCGGCGGCUGGUGUUGCGGGCGGUGACCUUCUCAAACCUUUGCAGCUACUACCGCAGCCGGGGCAAGCAGAAUGCUGCGCUGCAGCCCCGAGCCAAGCUUCGCUGUCGACACAUCGAACGGCGGGCUUUGCGGGCUCGAGAGCGUGACGCAAAGCAUCUAAACCGCGGAUCUCCAAGGCAACUCGUUGCUUCAGGAUGA